AUGUGUACAAAUUUCACAAUGGAGAAGAACGAAGGUGGGCAUACGCAAGUGCCUAUGCAAGAGGAUCCACAGAUCUUAACUAGUGCCAAUAAGAUCCGGAUCUAUUUGGAUAAGUUUCCUAAGCUGCACAAUAUAUACCUUAUUGCCACUAUAUCAUGUGUCUCUGGUAUGAUGUUUGGUUUUGAUAUUCUGUCAAUGUCUGCUUUCAUCGGUAUUGAACAGUAUCAAAACUAUUUCAAUCACCCCAACUCUACAAUGCAAGGUCUUAUUACCUCCGCUAUGGCUUUGGGGUCCUUAUUUGGUGCUCUUGGAACGUCUCUUAUCUCAGAACCUUUUGGAAGAAGAUUUACUUUAAUCUGCUGUUCUCUUUCGUGGAUGAUUGGUGCCGCCAUUCAAUCAUCUGCGCAAAACAGAACCCAGUUGAUCUUAGGAAGAAUCAUUAGUGGUGUGGGUGUUGGUUUUGGUUCCACAGUUGCUCCGGUUUAUGGCUCUGAAUUGGCUCCAAGAAGGAUUAGAGGUCUUAUCGGGGGUCUUUUCCAGUUCAGUGUAACGUUAGGUAUCCUUAUUAUGUACUACAUUAGUUAUGGGUUGCACUUUAUCAAUGGUGUUGCUUCGUUUAGAAUAGCUUGGGGCUUACAAAUCAUUCCUGGGUUGCUACUUUUCUUUGGUGUUAUCUUCUUACCCGAAUCUCCUAGAUGGUUAGCUAAACAUGGGCUCUGGGAUGAAGCAGAAAUGGUCGUUGCCAAUGUUCAGGCAAAGGGUAAUAGAGAUGACCCUGAUGUUAAUAUUGAGGUUUCUGAAAUCAAAGAUCAAAUUCUUAUCGAUGAAAAGUCCAAGAAGAUCUCUUAUGCCACUUUGUUCAAUAAGAGAUAUAGAAGGAGAACCAUCACUGCUGUUUUCGCCCAAAUCUGGCAACAGUUGACGGGGAUGAAUGUGAUGAUGUACUACAUUACUGUUUUGGCAGCCAUGUCUGGUUUCACAGGCAACGCCAAUUUGGUCUUCUCUUCCAUUCAGUAUGUUUUAAACGUUGCUAUGACAAUCCCUGCAUUAUUCCUUUUGGAUAAGGUUGGUAGACGUAAAGUGUUAUUGAUUGGUGCUGCUUGCAUGGGAGUAUUCCAAUUUGCUUUGGCUGGUAUCUUGGGAAGCUACAGUGUACCAGUCGACAGUCUUGAUGGGAACUCUUAUAUUCGGAUUUUGAUUCCCCCUGAUCGGAGACCUGCUGCUAGAGCCGCCAUUGCCAUGGCAUAUUUGUUUGUUUGUUCUUUUGCUAGUUCUUGGGGUGUGGGUAUCUGGUUAUACUGUUCUGAGAUUUGGGGUGAUAAUGCUAUCAGACAACGUGGGGCUGGGUUGUCUACUGCUGCCAAUUGGGCCUUCAACUUCGCCAUUGGUAUGUAUACUCCAACUUCGUUCAAGAACAUUACCUGGAGAACGUACAUCAUUUAUGCCAGUUUCUGUGUGGCCAUGUUUGUUCAUGUCUACUUUGGUUUCCCAGAGACAAAAGGUAAAAGAUUGGAAGAAAUCGGACAAAUGUGGGAUGAUAAGAUCCCUGCGUGGAAGACUUCGAAAUGGCAGCCGGACAUUCCAAUUUUAUCUGAUAAAGAUCUUCACCAAAAGAUGGAAGCUCAACAUGUUGAACGUGGUGGUGUGAUAACCCAAUCGUCUUCUUCAGAAAGAAACUCCUACGGUAAUAAAGUACUGACUACUACUUCUGGUGUUUGA